GACAGUGAAGGUGGAUAUCCUGUGUUAUCCAGUAUUUCCUCUUGAACAGAGUCAGCUAGUGCAGGUGUGCUAUGGUGGCAGUAAAACAUGUGUGAUAUGGUGGCAGUAGUGCAGGAAACAGGUACAUAAGAGGAAGGUGGAGUGAGCGCCUCACACACGAGGGACGCAGGAAAGAUCGACGUCGCCAUGGUUCCUCAAAUAUCUCUGUCCAGGCGCUGGUGGCGUGUGUACCUGUUGGCUGGCGUGUGCCUCGCUGCCUUCCUCUUCAGUGUCCUCCUGUGGCCAGGAAAGCCACAUCCAAAACCACGCCCUGCCGCCCUGCCUCGUGGACGUCUCCUCAGAAGUGCUGGCGGAGGCCUACAGAGGAGACCACUCUUUAGGCCAGGGACUCAGGAGCCGAGGGUACUUUGUAUGGUGGUGACCACGCCGCAGUACUAUCGCGGGAGAGCACGCCACAUCAAGGCUACGUGGGGGCACUGGGGAAACGGGGCCUGCCCCAACACAGUCUUUCUUUCUUUCACACCCGACGACAUCCUACAAAAUGUCAUCAUCUCAAAUUUCUCAAGCAUUAUGGCAAGUCACGCGUUGUCUCGCCUCCUGUACAGCUACGAGGACCUCUGGGGGAAGGUGGUAGAUGGCUUUCUGCAGUUAAAUGCGUCUGCGGCUGACUGGUUCAUGAAGGCUGACGAUGACACCUUUCUCAUCUACCCUAACUUGUUGAAUCUCUUGGCUCACCUCGAUCCAUCAGAGGCACUCUAUCUCGGCUUGCCCCUCAUCUACCGGCCAGAGGGAGGGGAGGAAAUAACCUACAUGAGUGGCGGAGCGGGCUAUGUACUAAGCAGCACCGCCCUCACCAGGCUGCAGGCCGCCCACGCCCCUGCCCAUUGCCGCUACCCGGGCCACACUCAGUACGAAGACGUCAACAUGGGCUACUGCAUGGCCGCUCUCGGCGUGCGCGCGGCCGACACCCGGGAUGGCCUGGGGCGGCCAAGGUUCCUGCCCUACCCACCGUGGCGCCUCCUCCAGUCUGAACCUCAUCCAGACUUCGCCUGGCUGGUUCACUUUAGCAAAUACAAGUUUCGCUUCGGGCCAGAAAGCCUCAGCGACCUUGUAGUAACCUUCCAUGAAAUCCGCGACCCCGUGGACUUCUACUUCAUACAGUAUUUGGUGAACGAUCUGAGACUCCUAUCGCCGGGUGCCUCCAGUCCCUUCACUCUCUCCCAGAUCCCGUCACGAUGAGCUGCUCACAAUCAAUGAGAAGCGCCACCUCUCCUCACGCAUGGCUGCUUACCUCUGCUCCCAGAAUCCUUCCUCAGCAUGGCUAGGUGUAGGAGGCUGCAGUUCACCUGGUCUCACCACGUCUUCAGCUCCACCGACAAAACUCAGAAGUAACAAGGGACGGUUUAUUUGACUUCGUGGGAAAAUUUUGACUUUUAGUUCUUAGAUAUAUU